AUGGCAUAUUCAGGGUGGGAGUGGAGGCGGUCAGAGAGGAGGCAGUUAAGGCAGCAGAGAGGGGGGUCCAUCCAUGCUUCCCCUCUUCACACCCCCUCUUCCCCGCCCUGUGUCGCUCCAUCGUUUCUACGUCCCUCGUGGCAAUCCACCCCACUUCGCUUUCAGACGGAGGGCAUAUUCAAGGUGGGAGUGGACGCGGGCAGGGAGGAGGCAGCCAAGGCAGCUGUGAAUGCGGGGCAGAUCCCGCCCUCCACUGAUGUGCACUGCCUUGCAGCGCUUAUCAAGGUGAGGGGAGGCUCUUAUCAAGACGGUCUCUUGGACGCGCUGCCGCUCUCGCUGCUUGCCUCGGCAGCGGACCCGCACAGCGAGGAGGGCGGCAUGGCGGACGUGCUGGGAGUGCUGCCGCCCGCCUGCAGCUGCCUGCUGGACUGGCUGCUCAAUCUGCUCGUGGAUGUGGUGGAGUGCCACCACCGCAACCACAUGGGCGCCAGGGCGCUCGCCCUCGUGUUCGCACCAAACCUCGUACAGUGCCACCACCGCAACCACAUGGGCGCCCGGGCACUGGCGCUGGUGUUUGCGCCCAACCUCGUGCAGGUGGGUGCGCCCAACCUCGUGCAGGUGGGUGGGUGUGAGCCCGCUCUGCCGGCCCUGCUUGCUGCUCCCUUCUUGCUCUUUCCCGCGCGAAUUUACUGUUUCUUUCCCGCUUGUUUACUGUUUCUCUGUCUCCCCCUCCCUGCCGUUUCCCCUCCGCACCCCCUCCCCAUCCCCUCCCCACCCUGUCUACCCCCUCCCCAUCCCCUCCCCACCCUGUCUACCCCCUCCCCAUCCCCUCCCCACCCUGUCUACCCCCUCCCCAUCCCCUCCCCACCCUGUCUACCCCCUCCCCUUUCCCCUCCCCUCCCCACCUCCUCCCCACCAGCUGCCAGUCUCAAGCGCGCCAUGCUGCUAAUGGACCUUCUAGAAGCCCUCAUCGCGCGCAAGCACCGCCACCGCCAGCUCUUCGCGCACCACUGGCCGGGCGGGGGCGGCCGCGGGGGCGCGUCAGUGCUGUCAGCAUCAGCGUCAGUUAUGGACGAAUCAGAGGACUGGGAGGACACGGACCUCGAUUCCUCGCUCAACUUCUCGCUGCUCUCAGGGGCGCAUGGGGGUGUGGGGGGGUUGGGGGCGUUUGGAGGCGCAGCGGGAGCGGAGAGGCUGUUUGGGGCGGGUUUGGUUCGGAGCGGUGCAGGUGGUGGUGGUAGUGGUGGUGGUGGUGGUGCGUCGUUUGGGUCGGCGUCGGUUGUCCAUAGCCCGCGCACUGCGCUGAUGCUCAGAGCGCUGGCAGCGGCUGGGCUUGGGCGGUCGUGGGUUGUGGGCAGCGAUGGGGGGGAAGGGCUGGGGUCAAUAUCUGAGCUGUGCCCCCUAGAGGAUGGGGAGGAGGAUGGUGAGGGCGAUGGGGAGAGGGAUGGGGAGGGUGGGCGGAUGGAAGGAGGGUUGGAGAGUGAGGGUGUAGAGGGAAGAGAGUGGCUGGGUGGGACGAGAAAGAGUGGGGAUGGGAUGGGGAGGAAUGGGGGGAGAGCGGGUGGAGGGGUGGAGGGAGUGGAGGGACUGGCAGGGGCGGCAGGGGAGGGGCGUGGUGGGGAUGGGCGGGGGGAUGGACAUAGAGGAGAGGCGGGCAGUCGCUUGGCAGAGUGGCUGAGGAAUAUUGAUGAGGCCGUGGGGGAGGGGGAAGGGGAAGAGGCAGUGGGGGAGGGGGAAGAGGAUGGCCUUGCCAACACUGACAGCAUCGCCGCUGCUGUUGACGAUUUAAAUUCCGAAGCAGAGUUUGAUGCCGAGGUUGAUGGUGAUGGUGAUGGUGAUGGUGAUGGUGGUGAUGGUUGCGAGAACGUACAUGAUGCUGAUGCUCACAGUCACGGCACUCAUCCUGCCAGUGCCGCCACCGCUGCUUCUCACGAGGCCUCGAUGCAAAAGCAGGUUUCGGUUUCCGACUCCCCUUCGGACGCUCCUCACCAGCUCUCUUCUUCCCAACCUCCAUUUCCUCCCUCCACUCUUCCACCUGCCACCCCGGCUGCCUCGCUCCUGCCUGCCACGGACCUCUCUGCUCCACCCGCUACUGCAGACACCACGCAGAGUGCUGCUGCACCUGCCGCUGCCUCUUCUCCCCUCUUUGCCAGCAUGCUCCUCGUACUCGCUGCCAUGCACACUGCCCGUCCCCUGCACCCCGCCCCACCAGCCUUAACACCUCUUGUCCCCACUCCCGCCGCUUCUGCUGCCGCUGCCGCAGACCCUGCAGCGCCAUCCCAAGGCCCCAUGGACCGUACUUUUGAGCUCUCUCUGCCCCACCCCCUCUGCGCGCCCCCCCCUCCCGCUCCGGCUGAGCAAGAGGCGGAGGAUAGGGCCUGCCUGGUCGAACUGCUGGCAGAUGAGGGGCGGAGACACGGUGAGCAAGAGGCAACGGUUAAGGAUGGAGCAACAGCAGCAGCAGAAGCAGACAAGGUAGUGGCUGCAGUAGGCAAGAGGACAGCAGCUGGCAAGGCAGCAACAGGCAAAGCAGCGGCAGCAGGCAAGGUAGCGGCAGCAGGCAAGGCAGCAGCAGCAGGAAAGGCAGGCAAGAAGGUGGUGAGCAAGGGGAAGGGCAAGGCUGCCAAGGUUGCUGACAGGGCGAGAGCGGAGGCGGAGGCAAGGCGGGGCUCAGAGGGGAUGAGGGCAGGCGAGGGUGAGAGCAGCAGCGCAGUGGUGGCAGCGGGUGGGGGCACGGGGGUAGUGGCAGGUGGUGGUGGGGCGAGCAAGGGAGGGAAGGUGAAGAAGAGUGCAAGGAAGGCAGUGGCGGAGAUAGAAGAGAUAGAGGAGAUCGAGGUGGUGGUGGAGGAGGGACGGGUGAAGAAACACGGGCAACCCAAGCGUGCCACCGCCGCCACCGCUGCUGCUGCGGGUGCUGCUGCUCCCAAGCCUCGCAAGCGUCAUGAGGCAGCAGCAGGAGCAGUUAGUAGCGGUGGUGAUGGCACUGGCAGCACUGUUGCCCGCAGGGAGGUGGCAUCUGGGCAGGCCGUGUCUGAGAGGAGCGGCAGGGAGGCAGCGGGGGGAAAGGGGAAGGGGAGGGUUGGCGAGACGGGGGCGAGUGGCAACGGUGGUGGCGGCACAGGCAGCGCCGUGAGGCUGUCUGGUGGAGGGGUGGAGGGACGAGCAGCGAGGGGUGGUGGGUCAGCGAGGGGUGGUGGGGGCGCAAGAGCAGCAGGGAGGGAGGCGGCAAUGAGGGAGGCGUUGGGAAGGGAGUUGGCGUGGAUGCAGCGAGUGAGGGAGAUGCAGGGCGGGGAGUGGGGCGAGCGCUGGCAGCGGUGGCUGCAGGAGAGCGAGGAGAGUAGGAGCGAGGGGGGGAGCAGGAGGGGGGGUGUGAGGGAGGGCGUGCAUGUGUUUGGGGAGGGGACUGCGGUGCGGGAGAGGAUUAGUGAGUGGGAGCGGGCUCUUGCACUUGCCCGCGCUGCUGUUGACGCGGAGGGGAGGGUAGUGGGGGAGGCGGGAGGCGGAGGAGAAGCAGGAGUGGGGGAGGGAGGUAGGGGAGACGUGGGGAGUGGUGGGAGGCGGGGUGGGAGUGGACAUGGGAAGCGGCACGAGGUUGGGGAGGAGAAAGGCGGGGGUGAGAAGGGUGGGGAUGGGAGGGGUCGGGGUGAGAAGGGUGGGGAUGAGAGGGGAGGGGGUGAGAAGGGGGGGCAGCAGGGGGAGCAAGAGGAGAGCAGUGAUUUGUGGCGGUGGAGGAGGGCGUUGGCAGGGCGUGUGGGGGGAGGAGGAGGAGGGGGAGGGGGAGGGGCGGACCGGUUUCAGCCGGCGUGUGUGCUGCCGCCACUCUCCUCUGCCCACCGCUCCCACGGUGCCGCUGCCGCUGCUGCCGGCGGGGCACGUUUUGCACCCCAUGCUCAUGCUCGUGCCUCCCUUGCACACGCACCACCCGACUUCGAGCUUCUAGAAGAAGCAGCAAGGGGUGGGGAUGUGCGGCGGCGCUCUGAAAGCACGCCCGGUGGAGGUGAUGCACGGAUGGUAGAGCAGGCAGGGGAGCACGGCUCUAAGGUGCAUCGCCAGGAGCAGAGCAGUAGUGCAGCACCUGACAGUUUGCUCUCUGCCCACCCCCCACCUGGCCAUCCACCUGGCCGUUCACCUGAGAAUCAGUGUGUGCCGCCCAGUUUGCCGGCUUCAGGUGGUGGAAAGGCAAAGGGGAAGAAAGGGGCGAAGGGAAUGGGCAAAGAGAAGGCGGGUUUGGCAUUGCAGCAAGGGGUUGGGGAUGGAGCCGAGGCGAGUGGAGCAGUGGCGGGGAGUGGGGGCAAGGGAGAGAAGGGGAGGAAGGGGAGAAAGAAGGCGGCAGCAGUGGUGGCGGAGAUGAGGAGGAGGAAGGGCGGAUGGGGGCCACAGGAAGAGGGGGAGGGAGACUUGGAGGGUGUGGAGAAAGCAGCGGGUUGUGAGGUAGCAGCAGGUGGGGCGGCGGUGGUGGGUGUGGCGGGCAGGAGUGCAGCAGGAGAGGCGCAGGUGAAGGUGAGGCUACAGGCAACCGCUGGGCAACCGAGUGAGAGGGAUGAGCAGGAGGGGGAGCAGAGCGAGCAGAGGGAGCAGUUGCAAUGCGAGGCUCCAGAGGUGGCUGGGCAGAGGAGCAUGGUUGGUGUAGGUGACAGGGAUGGCGGCAUUGGUGAGGCUAAUAACAAAGGCAGGCGGUCAGGGGAGGGCUAUGGAGAUGGUACAACUGGUGCUGUGGUGGUGAGCCAACAGAGCCAACGGGGGGCCAGCAGAGCCAGCAGCCGCAGCAGCAAGAGCAGGAGCAGCAGCAGCAGCGGCGCCAGCACCCCUGCCCCCACCACUCGCCUCCUCCCGCUCCCGGCACCCAACCCUCUUCAUCCCGCCCGUCCCUCCGCCCCCAAGCCCUCUCUGCUCAUGCCCGGCCCCUCCUGCAUCGCCCCUUCCGCCCGGCCUCACUCCUCUGCUGCCGCUGCUUCCUCUCCUCGCCUGCACAACUCGCCCGCCUCCUCGUCCCUCCCCUCUCCCUCCCUCCCCUCCCCCUCCGCCUCCCACUCCACUCGCCGCCGCCUCUCCUUUCAACUGCCCACCGCUGCCGCUGGGCCCCCACGUUCCUCCAUCCCCUCCCUUUCCUCCUCCCUUCUGCACUCCUCCAUUUCUUCCCAGUCAUCCCACACCCUCACUCCCUCUCACUCUCACACUCCCUCUACCUCCUCACUCAUAUCCUUCGCCUCUCCUCUCCCCUCCUCCACUCUCUCUCACCCCUCUUCUAGCCCCUCUGCUGACGCCUCUCUCUCCCACCUCCCUCCCCGUCCUUCCUCGCACCGCCCUCCCCCCAUCCUCCCCCCUUCCCGCCGCCACCCCUCCACCCUCCUCAACAAUCUCACCCCUUCCUCCUCCCACUCCUCCCCCCAGCCAACCUCCUCGUCCCUCUCCUCCCCCCACCUGCCCUCCUCCGUUUUCUCCCCCCACUCGCCCACCACUUCAGACUGCCCUGCCUCUCAGCUCGUCCCCCCACCCUCUCAGCACCCCCCGCCCUCUCAGCACCCCCCGCCCUCUCAAAGCGUCCCCCCACCAUCUCUACCUCCCCGCAAGCACCCCUUCGCCCUCAGCGGCAGCAGCAGGGCGCUGGUGAGAGUGCCGUCUCCAGCCAAGGAGGCUUGCGAAGCGAGUCAACAGCAGCAGCAGCACACCCCAGUCACCAGCAGCAGUGCCCUUGUUGCACCUUUCCCUAACCCCGCCCUUCCUGCAGCAGCCUCGCCUACCAGAGAAACACCUGUCCCCUGCCCUUCCUCCCACGCAGCAGCUCCCUCUGCUGCCAUGAAGCCACCUUCACCAGGUAGAGCCUCCCCUUUGGGUUCUCCUGCCAGGCACUCCGUGCAAGUCAAUAGGCUCAGCCAGAUGCCACCUUCACCAGAUAGCCCCUCUCAACACAGAGCACCCCCUCGAGCUGCAUUUGGCUCCCCUGCUUCUGCCGCUCCCCCUCAUUCGCCCUCCUGUCAUCGCACCGUUCUGCACUCCCCGAGACCGCACUCCCCCUUGGCCGUACCUGCCUCCCCUCCUCGUGCUCACCUGCAUUUGCCUCUGCCCGCCUCAACCUCCCUGCCGCCUGCACCCGCCUCACCUGCACCGGCCUCACCUGGUGCUACGAGCCAUGCUGCAUUGCCGGCCAUGCAGGGCGCUGCUACCCUGCCUGCUAGCAGACAGGGAGAGGGCGCUUCGGAGGCGACUGCAAUUCCUCUCCACAUGCCCCUGUCUCAGGGAUAUUCCCACCGCUCCCCACCUCCUCACGCUUUUGCCGGGGAAAUGUUGAUGGCCAAUGGAGGCUCGUCGCGGGUUUCAUCGUUCCGUGACCGCUCACAAGCAGCUCAGUGGCUCUUCUUCCCGCGCCUCCCCCCAUCCAUUGUCUUCUUCCCGCGCCUCCCCCCAUCCAUUGUCUUCUUCCCUCGCCUCCCCCCAUCCAUUGUCUUCUUCCCUCGCCUCCCCCCAUCCAUUGUCUUCUUCCCUCGCCUCCCCCCAUCCAUUGUCUUCUUCCCUCGCCUCCCCCCAUCCAUUGUCUUCUUCCCUCGCCUUCCCCCAUCCAUUGUCUUCUUCCCUCGCCUCCCCCCAUCCAUUGUCUUCUUCCUCUCGUCCAAAAUGCCACUCCCCACCACCUGCCAACCCUCCACCUCCCUCCCACCUGCGUCGAGCACUAUCAGUGUCCUCCCCAAGCCAUCCCUCUCUCCCACUGCCCUCCUCCUCCCCCCUGCAUCCUUCCAACUCGAGUCUUGCUUCUCCAAGACAGCCCCCUGCCUCAUCCCCAAACCCCCCCUCGCGCCCCUCCCUUCAGAAACAGCACUCCUUCCCUCCCUCCUCCACUGCCCACGCACGCCCGUCCGCGCCUCUCCCUCCUCCCCUUCCUGCAGAGCCCUGUCCUCGCCCCCGAAGCUUCCACCGUUCCGACUGCCUUACCACCCUCUCCUCCUCUCCUCGCCUCGCACCCUCUCUUUCUCGAGCCUCUCGCUCCUCCACGUCCUCUCGCUCCUCUGCCUCUCAUGCUUCCUCCUCUCAUGCUUCCUCCUCUCAUGCUUCCUCCUCCCAUGCUUCCUCCCCUCACGCUUCCUCCCCCCAUGCGUCCUCCCCUCAUGCUUCCUCCCCCCAUGCUUCCUCCCCUCGUGCUUCCUCCUCGCGUGCUUCUUACUCUCAUGCUUCCUCCCCUCGCGCUUCCUCCUCUCAUGCUUCAUCCCCUCAUGCUUCCUCCUCUCAUGCUUCCUCCUCUCAUGCUUCCUCCUCUCAUGCUUCCUCCUCUCAUGCUUCCUCCUCUCAUCCUUCCUCAGAUCAUCCUUCCUCCUCCCCUUCCUCACCUCCCUCUCGCACAUCCACCUCUCUCUCCUCCCUGCCCUCCCUCCCAUCCUUUAA